UUUUCUCUGAUGAUGACUGAUCCCAUUUCAUGCUUCCUGUUGAUUAGGAUUGUGGACUUCAGAGAAGGUCUCUGGACUUCAGUCUCUUUGCUACUUUUCACCACAAGGAAAGAGAGAGAAAAGAGCUGAAGAGCCAUGGAAAUGUUGGGGACCACCACCCUCUUCCUGGUGGUCUUCCUGGUCCUCCUUGUGGCCUGGAGGAAAGUGGAGACCAAGAGGAAGAACUGGCCCCCAGGCCCAACACCCCUCCCGGUCAUUGGAAACCUCCUCCAGCUGAAGCCCACCAACAUGGCAGAACAGUUUAAGAAGAUGAGUAAAAAGUAUGGAUCGGUCUUCAUGGUGUAUUUCGGCUCAGACCCAAUGGUCAUCGUCUACGGCUAUGAGGUGGUGAGGAAGGUGUUAUUGGACAACGGAGAUGAAUUCCUCAACAGGGGAAGCUUCCCUUCGGCAGAUAAGACCAACAAAGGACUUGGCGUCAUCAUGUCCAACGGUGAGCGGUGGGUCCAACUUCGCCGCUUCUCACUCAUGACCUUGAGGAACUUUGGGAUGGGAAAGAAGAGCAUCGAGGAACGGAUCCAGGAUGAGGCGGAACACAUGAUGGAGGAGCUCAGGGCCACAAGGGGGCAAGCCUACAACCCACAACACCUUUUCAACUGCGUCACAGCCAAUGUGAUCAGCCACAUCCUUCUGGGGGAACGGUUUGACUACUAUGAUGAGGAGUACCUCCAGACCCUCAAGCAGCUCAUUGAUGGCACCCGCCUGGAGAGCUCAGUCUCAGGACAGCUUUACAAUUUCUUCCCCAGGAUCAUGGACUAUUUGCCUGGUGAACACCAAAACUUAUUCAAAAACCUUUAUGGUGUCCAGGCCUUUAUUGCCCGAAAGGUAAAAGAGCGUGAGAAGACCUCGGAUCACACUGAUGUUCCUCAGAACUUCGUAGAUGCCUUCCUCCUCAAAAUGGAGCAGGAGAAGGACAACCCCAACACAGAAUUUACUAAAGAGAAUCUGAUGAUGACCAUUUAUGAUUUAUUUAUCGCUGGAACGGAAACCAGCAGCACCACCAUGAGAUACUUUUUCAUGACGUUGGUGGAGCACCCGGAGGUCCAAGCCAAAAUCCAUGAUGAAAUAGACCGGGUGAUUGGCCGGGAGCGGAUACCCACCAUGAAGGACCGCCUGGAUAUGCCCUUCACUGAGGCCGCCAUCCAUGAAGGCCAGAGGUUCCUUGACCUCGUCCCCUUAGGCAUCUUCCGUGUGACGAAAAGGGACAUCGAGCUGGAAGGCUUCACCAUCCCAAAGGGGGCAACUGUCUGCACCAUCCUGAGUUCCUCGCUCCGCGAUCCUAAGCAAUUUGCAGAUCCAUAUCAGUUUAACCCAGAGCACUUCUUGGACAAAGAUGGGCACUUCAAGAAGAACGAAGCUGACAUGCCUUUCUCUGCAGGAAAGAGGAACUGUCUUGGUGAAGGACUGGCCCGUAUGGAGCUCUUCAUCUUCAUCACCACCAUCCUGCAAAGCUUCUGCCUCAAACACGCUCCUGGAGUGCCCAAAAUAGAUCUCACCCCAGAAGUCAGUGGUAUUCUGAAUGUUCCACGGCAGGUCCCCUUCUGCUUCUCCCCACGCUGAGGAGCCCAUUCCACUCCCAUGAAGUUCUUGUGAAGUCUUCUUUUUAGUGUGAAUGAUGUCAUUUGAAUAGCAAGACACCAAAGCUGACCUCACCUCAGAUGGCAAUGGCAUCCUGAACAUCUCAUGCCAAGACCCUUCUUCUUCCUGCGUUGAAAAAGCCAUUCUGCUCCCAUGAAGUUCUCAUAACAUUUUCUCCUUGGUGUAGAUGCUGUCAUUUUAAUUAUAAGACCCCAAAAUUGACCCCACACUGUAUGUCAAUGGCAUCCUGAACAUCCCAUGCCAAGACCCUUUCUACUUCUUCCUGCAUUGAAGAAGCCAAUGUGCUCCCACGAAGUUCUCAUGAAGUUCUCUCCUUCAUGUAGAUCAGGCCUGCAGAACCUGUGGCCCUCCAUCUCCCAGAAUUCCUGACCAUUGGAUGGACUGGCCAGGGCUUCUAGGAGUUGGAGUCCCAAAUACCUGGAGGGUCACAGGUUAUACAGGCCUGAUGUAGAUGCUACCAUUUUAAUUAUAAGAUCCCAAGAUUGACCUCACCCUGGACAUCAGUAGCAUCCUGAACAUCCCACACCAAGCAGUCUGCUCAGCUCCCACAAAGUUCUCAUGAAGUACUAUUCUUGGUGUAGGUGAUGCUAUUUGAAUAACAAGACACCAAAACUGACCCCAUCCAUGGAUGUCAAUGGCAUCCUGAACAUCCAUCGCCAGGUAUCCUUAUGCCUCUUCCCACAACAAGCCUCCUCUGGUGGUCCUGGUUGUCCUCUGCCAAGAGGACCCCUUGAUUUCCAUCCAUAUCUUCUUCCAGCUGGAGGAAAAUAUUGGGAACUGGGAAAUGACCCAAGUGGCCUGGACUUCUUUGGACAUUCUGUUGAACCUGUGCUUUGGAUCUCUGCCUACAAUCCUCAAAAGUCCAUCUUUCAAGUUUAAGAAGAGAUGCAGCUUUUCUCCUUUGGAUCCAAAAGCUGAAGCCUGUCGAACAGCCAAAGGCUUUCAAGAUUGGAUUUCUUCUGUGCUGGAGCAAAGUCGCCAUCCAAACUACUGCUAUCUAUAAGUAAUUUUUUUGUCAAGCCAUGAUACCCCCCCCCCCAGAAGAAUUAUAGCUCACCAAGGGCUCAGAAUGUUUCAUUUUUGAAAAGACCCUUUCUGGACUUGUGCAAGUUCAAAGCAUUAGAAGAUCGAGACCAAACCAGUAGCAGCUGUAUACGCUAUUGUUUCUAACCCUUCAACAAAUUGUAUAUAUUUUUCUUGAUUUUCUUAUAACUUGUAUCUUUUUAUAUACCAUAUAUAAAAUGUAUAAACUGCUUUAUAGAAUGUAUCAAUAAAAUAAUAAUAAUAAUA